CUCUCCACAUAACGUCAAAGUCGCGACGUUCUCAAAAGUGUCAUUGACGUUGGCUAUAUUUAGAGAAAGACAUCGUGGCGCGCUCAAUGGAUGGCACACCGCCCCUUCCUGGACUGGCAACCUGCCACAGCGAGAUCAUUAUGACGACACGACUGCACACGCCUUGGACGUGUCGUGGGUUCUCUUUGCAUACUCACUUGUAACUCACUGCAGCGCAGACACAUCGAAGAACUGUCACCAUUGACUCAACUCGGCAGAACGCCAAGACACAGAUUCCUAACUACACCACGAUGUCUUUGACAAGCAACAAGUUUGAUCCAAACAAGGAUAUUCCAGACCUCAGCGGCAAGGUAUACGUUGUCACUGGCGGCUCAGCGGGCAUUGGCUUCGGUAUCGUCGCGCACAUCCUCCAACACAACCCCGCGAAGAUCUACCUUCUCUCCAACAAAGAGCAGCACGCCGAUGAAGCACAGGCAGAGUUGGCAAAAUGGGGCGACGCCAGCAAGGUGGAGUGGCGGAAGUGCAACCUCGAGUCGCUCAAACAAACGGACGAGGUUGCAAAGCAGCUGGCGAAGGAGCUGGAUCGGCUAGAUGCGCUCGUCUGCAAUGCUGGGCUAGGCGUCGGCGUAUACAACGAGACGGAGGACGGAGUAGACAGUCACAUGCAGGUCAACCACUUCGCACAGGCCCAUCUAGCCCUGACGCUGCUUCCCGUCCUUCAAAAGACCACCGACUCGCGUAUCGUCUUCCAGUCGUCGGAAUUGCACCGCCCAUCGUCGGCCUCGUUCGAGUCGAUCGAAGAGAUUAAUAAAGACAUCGGCGCUACCAAUCUCUACAACCGCACCAAGCUCGCCCAGGUCCUCUUCGUCCGCGAGCUCGUCAAGCGAAUCAAAGCCGAUCAGUUCGGCACCGUUACCGCCGAGAAGGGCCAGCCCUGGAUCAACGCAACACACCCGGGAGGCGUGAAGACGGAUCAACAAGACCAGGCUGUUGAGGCAUACGGCACGCUUGGUAAGAUCAGCGUAAAGGCUAUCCGUCCGCUCAUGAAGGAUCCGGUUGAUGAGGGAUGCCGACCGGCGCUAUUCACGGCUACGAGCGAUGAUAUCGUCAAGGAGAAGAUCCAGGGCGAGUAUAUCGUGCCUGAUCGCAAGGUCACGGAUGUGUCCAAGCAUGCGAAGGACGAGAAGGUGGCUCUCAACCUCUGGCGGCUGACGAAGGAAGUGUUGGAGACGAAGCUCGGCAAUUUGGAUUAUGCCAUGUAAUCAGGCAGUGAAAUGGAGCAGGCCCUAUAUUGUGGCGUAUUACCAAUAGGGUCUAGAGGCUUGGUCAUGGAGUCUGAGGCUCGGAAGGUGUAGUCUUGAUGCUCCGAUACUUGCUAUGCUGGGUAAUUUCUCCAUCAGUGUUGAACACUGCAAAGUACAAG